AUGCUAGACUCCACUCCCAUCCCGCACCUGCACAAGCCUGGCGAAGGCGGCGUGCUCGACAACGGCAACAUGCUCAGUCUCCGCGAUCAGGAAGCCAAGCUCGAUCAAAUCCAAAAGGACAAUUUUGGACUGAAACUCAAGAUUCACUACCUUGAGGAGGCUCUGCGAAAGACGGGCACGCAGUUCCAGCAGGCGACGCUGAAGGAGAAU